AUGGCGCAGUCGGAGAUGCCCUGUUUGGAUUUGGGGUGUGAGUUCAAGACGGAGCCCAGCCGCCAACUCGAGGCGUGGCGGCUUAUCCUGCAGCACGACAACCCGGCGGACGAGCGCUGGGCCAGCGCCGUCUCGGAGGCCGCAGGGCUGCAGCCGCAGGCCGUAGACCUCGUCCCCUUCGCCGGCCUGGCGCUUUGCCUCUCCCGGCCCCUGCGCCCUGCGGAGCCGAGGAUCAGCUGCUUCCUGCCGCUGCCCAUCCGCAGCUCGUUGCCCUUUCUGAUCAACGCCAACUUCUGCCUGCGGGACCCGUCCUCCCCGGACCGCCUGGACCUGGCGCGCCGCCCGGCGGAGCUUUGCCGAGCCGCGCGUUUCGUUCGACAAGGCGAGAAGUCCGAUUGGAACCUGCUGCUGCUGCGGAACAUCGUGGAGCCCUUGAUCUGCAGUCUCAUCCAGGAGCAGGCGGCGGCGGUGCAGGGCUUCAGGUCCCAAGCCGCGGGGCCCACCGCGAAGCGCGAGGCGGCGGUUUGGGCAGAUGGGAUUUGCUGCCUCAUGCCUUGCAAGCCGCAGCUGCCGCAGAGCUUGCGGCAUGGCCAGCAAGAGCUCUUGAAUUUGCCGUCCAUCUACCAGUCGCUCGCAACAGCGCCGCUCUUCCCGGCCCUGCCCGUGGCUCGCUCGGUCGGCGAGCGGCGGGACUUGGCUGCGCUGCUGGACGUCGCGCGCAGCUCGUUGCUCUCCUUCGCGGACUCCGUGCAGCCGCUGGGAGAGGUGGCCAGCGAGGCGCAAAGGCAAGCCGUGCACGAGUUCUUGGGCCAGCUUACCUCGGAAGGCGGGCGCGCCUUUCUCUUCUGCUGCGUCACCCAGCCCGUGGCCGCUGAGUUUGCCGCGGCUCAGGUCCAGCGCAAGGCUGUGGUCAGCCGAAAUCUGGUGCUGUCCUGUUUGGAGCAGCACAAAGACCGCGCCGCUGGUUUGAGUGCCGCGCAGAGUGCUCAGCUCCUGGGCUUCGUGCUGCAAGACGUGGACCUCGCGCCCAAGCUGCAGAACCUCCCGCUGGCGCCCCUGUGCGAUGGCCGGGUCGCAACCUUCGACCCCAACAGUGGGCCGCUCUACCUCGCCAGCGACGGAGCUUCCGCUUCCGCCGGCGACGGAGCUGCGAGCGCGCAGCGGGUCCUGCAGCAGUUGACGCCGAAGGCGGUGCUGGACAUCUCGGCCUUGGAUGCCAAGGCCUUGCCGGCCUUGCGCCAGCACGCCGGGCAGUUGGGUCUCCACCCGGUGGAGACCUGCGAGCACCUGGGCGCCGCGCUGCGCGCCGCGGUGCCGCGGCUCUGCGCGGCGGCGGUGGAGCGGUCCUCCGUGUUGGCGUCCAUCGAUGAGACCUUGGGAGGACGGCUGCUGGGUGGAAGCUACCGCCGGGCUUCUGCGGUGUCGCUUGGCUUCGGCAACGAAGAAGCCGCCAACUCCACGCUCUGCGCUUUGUGGUCCUUCAUGGAGCAGGCGCCGGACGGCUUGUCCGACCGCUGCAUUGGGCAUUUCGACCGCUUCUACAUGGUCCCAGCCUGGGACCCCACCACGAAGCCGCGGGAGCGCUCAGAGCCGCAGCCCUUGGAGCUGCUGCCGCUGAGCGCCGCCGAGCCGCUGCUGCUGCCGGACGCGGACGCUGGCCUGGCGCAGCUGAUGGAAGUGGCCGCGGUGUUGGUGCCGGACAGAUUCGUGGACACGAGUCAUCCUGCCAUGACGGAGACCGUGAUGCAGUUCCUAGAGCGCAAUGGCAUCGUACACUCCUUCAACAGAGGCAGCCUGUUGACGGUGCUGGCGGCGUGGUCCUCCGCCCCGGAGCAGCUGAAGCCGCUGAUGGCGCGGUGUCAGCGCCUGGCGCCGGCGCAGCGACACCUGCUGCGCGCGCAGCUCUGCCAUGCUCUGUGUGAUCCCAUCAGCUCUGAUGGCACGGAGUCCCUGCACAGCCGAGCCGGCAUUGUGUGCAAGCUCCCCAUCUUCCUGGCGGAGUCGGAGCUGGACUCCGCGAACCCCAGCCCCAGCUUCCGCGCGCUGCUGUCGGGCCUGGCGGUGGUGCUGGGCGCGCCGCUGCAGCUGCAGAGCCCCCCGGUGAGGCUGGACUUGGACACCUCCUUCGUGUUCCACCAGUCCAUCAAGACGGCGCAGGAAGUGGCGGAGGCGCUGUGCUUGCCAGAGGUCAAAGAGAUCCUCACCGAGCAGCAGAGGUUCUUCGACAUGAAGACCUGGCUGCGCAAGCAGGUCUUGCCGCACUUGGCGGACAUGACGCCUGCGGACCAGGACGUGGUGCUGACGAGGUUUCUUCCGUUGGAAGAGGACAUCGACAUGGCGAACACUGAGCCCUUCCUGGUGCCGGCGGAGGCGCGGGCUCGGAGGAUGCUACCGCCGUGCCGAGUGUUGGACCCGCAAGACUUCACCAUCCAAGAGGUCUUCGGUGUCCGCGGGGACGAGUGGCCGGCUUUGGAUGCCCACCACUUCUACCAUUUCCCAAGCCGCGCCCUCUCCUCACAGGUGCUCACCCACCUCAGACGGCUCGGCCUGCGGAAAAGCAUCGGCGAUCCUUUGGUGCUGGCCUUCUUGUGCCAGGUACUGCGAGACCAGCAUCAACAGUUGCCUCGUCAGCGCUAUGGAGAGAUCCAGCGUGGAUUGAUGCAACGCAUCGUGGAGUCCUGGGGUGUCUUUGCAGGUCAGCACAAGGAGGUGGUGCUGCAGCAAGCCUUCGUGGAUAUCUCCAGUGAGGCCGAUGGCGGCGAAGCAUCCGACACCCUCUUCGCGGUGAAGUCGGUGCGGGGCCAGAGCAAGCUCUUCCGGCUCAAUGAGCUGGUGUCACGGCUCCAUCCUCGGGACCCCUACCUCUGCUGGACCACUCUGCCGCUGUCCCCACGGGGCUUCCCUGACUUUGAGAGCUAUCGCUCGCCUUCUCUGCAGGACGUGGCAGGGCACGCCCUGGCGCUGGGGAGCCUUCCGGAGGGAGCCAUCGUGGGGCAUCUCUGGGAAGAUCUGAAGGAGAAGGUGGUGGCGCCGCUCUGCGAGUUCUUGGCGCAGGACGAGGCCUUCAAACUGAACUCCCAGCAAUGCGUCCAGCUCUCCGCGAAGCUGCGGAAGGUGAAGUUCAUCGCUGUGCAGCUGGACGAAGCCUCCGGCGCGCAUACUUUAGUGGCGCCCUGGCGAAUUUCGCUGGUGCUGAAAGAGCAUCGCCCGCCCAUGUUUGCACUUCCAGGAUAUCUGGCAGACCACGUUCCGCUGCUGCGCAUGCUGGGUGUGCGCGAUGCAGUGGAGCUGCCGGACUCCGUGCAAGAGGCGGACGUCUCCAGGGUAGCGGAUGAGGCGAUGACGUGGCUCUUCGAGAACGGGCCAUCGACCUUCUCUGACGUGACGGUUCGAUGUGAUGGGGGCUGCCUCUUCCUGCAUCGAAACAUCCUGAUGGCCCGCAGCGAGUAUUUCAAAGCAAUGUUUCAGGGCGGCGACGAUCACGGCUUUCGGGAAAGCCAGGAGUCGGGCGCAGAGGUCACGCUCUACGAAUUCCCGCUGGAGGUGGCCAAGAUCCUUUUCGGCUACGUCUACCACGGCAAGGUAGACGAAGCACCUCUAGAAGGUGCGGCCAAAGAUGAGCCGCCUCUGCAAGCCCGGCCGGGCACCCCAACGCUGAGAAGGGUCUUUGGAGCAAUGGUGAUUGAAUAUGUGGCGAACAAGUUGGACACCAUCAGCUGGCUGAAAACCCGAGCGCUGUGCACUGCUGUGGCGGGCAGUGCUGUGCUUCUUUUGGCCGAUGUGGAGCGGAGCUUGCCAUCGCCGGCAUUUGCAGGCUUCGGCGCGGAAGGUGCCCGUCUGGCCCUGGCCAUCGGAGCCUUCGAGGUGUUUCUGCUGGGCUUCCUGUACUUGCUGAAGCAGCGGCGUGGCCCCAAAUGGCAGGGUGCGAACAUCAAAGCGCUGGCGCCAUGCUUGGCCACCGGAUGGAUCAUCCGAUUUCUUUGUCCUGUUCCAGCGGGCGUCACCGAGCAGGCCUGGUCCAUGCUCGCCAUCUUCGUCGCGAUGAUUGUGGCGGUGGUGGUGGGACCCUUGCCGCCGGCCGCUGUGGCCGUGGUGGCCGUGUCUGCAGCGGUAUUCACUGGCACCGUGUCUCUGGCGCAGGGUCUUAAGGCCUUCACCGAUGAGGUGGUUUGGCUGGUGGUCAUCGCUUUCUUCUUUGCCGAGGGCUUCCAAAAGACGGGGCUAGGGGACCGCAUCGCUCUGAACGUGAUCCGUUUCAUGGGCGGCACCACGCUGGGCUUGGCCUAUGGCCUGAACUUCGCAGAGCUUCUGGUGGCAGCGGCCAUGCCCUGCUCGGCUGCGCGCGCGGCUGCGGUGUUCUAUCCCAUCACCAAGUCUGUCUGCAAGGCAAGUGGAUCAGACCCCAGCCAGGGGACCGAGUCGAAGUGCGCGAAGUUUCUGGUGCAGUGCUGCUAUCAGGCGACUGCGACGUCCUCGUGCAUGUUCCUGACCGGCGCGGCGCAGAACUACUUCGUGCUGAAGCUGGCGGCCGACGUGGGCAUCCACGUGGAGCAGCCCUUCCAGACGUGGUUCACGGCGGCCUUUCUGCCAGCCUUGGUGUCCUUCUUGAUGACGCCGAUGAUUGCGCUGAAGCUCAUGCCGCCGGAGUCCAGAGUAACUCCGGACGCGCCCAAGGCGGCAAAGAAGCAGCUCGAAGCCAUGGGCCCGGUGUCCGACGAUGAGAAAGUCUUCGCCUGCGUUUUGCUGUGCAUGGUGGCUUUGUGGGCAUCUUCCUCGAUUUUGCACAUCCCCCCCGUGGUCACCGCGCUCUGUGGCUUUGGGUUGCUGCUGAUGUGUGGGGUCAUCACCUGGGAGGACUGCGCGGCGAACCAACAAGCCUGGAGCACCUUCGUGUCCUUCGCGACGCUGGUGGGCCUGGCGGAGAUGCUCAAAAGCCUGGGCAUCGUUCAAUGGCUCUCCUCCCUGGUGACCUCAAAGAUCACAGCUGCCGGGCUGACUGAGGUUCCGGCUUUCUUGGCCAUCUUGACGGCCUACUGGCUGAUUCACUACGUCUUCGCCUCCCAGGUGGCCCAUGUCUCCGCGUUGUAUCAGCCCUUCCUGGUGAUGCUGGUUGAGACGGGCACGCCGCCCAUCCCAGCGGUGUUCGCUCUGGCCUUUGCGUCCAACCUCUUUGCGACCUUGACCCCAUACGCGUCGGCGCAGUCGGCGGUGCUCUUCGCUGGGCAGUACAUCACGGGCCCGGAGUGGUACAAGGCCGGCUUGGUGUACAUGGUGGCCUACUACGUGCAGUGGCUUCUCGUGGGCGCAGUCUGGUGGCGGAUGAUCGGCUUGCUUUGA